AUGAAGCUAAGUAAUACUCAAAGCUUAAAUAUUUAAAACAGUGACAACAAUGAGCUUUGCAAGAUACACAAAAGGAUAAUAGAACUAUAGUGUCUUAAUGAUAAAUGCAAGUUUUUUAAUUAAAGGGGAUGCUCUAAAUGCUUUCUUUAAGGUUAAAUACAUGAAAAUUGUGAAUUAAUUACCUAAGAAAAUUAUGAACAAAAUAGCUAACACUCGAAAAGAAAGUGUAUAAUUUCUGAAUUCGAUAAUUAAAUGAAUAUUUUUAUGAAGGAAGUCAAUACUUACUUGAUAAAAAUAAAAGAUUUGAUACUCAAGUAGAUUUAACUCGGUGAUGAGUAAGCUUUUGAAAAGGCAUCUCAUUACAUCGAACUCCUUAAAGAUGUCACUUAUUUGAAUGGACAAUAAAAAAAUUAACAACUGAGUGAUGUCUUUUUUUAAUUAGAAGAAAAUUAAGAGUUAUUGGAAGACGAAUAUUAUCUUAACAAUUCAAAGAGUAAAUUAGCAAGCUAAAGUCAGUCAAAAAGUGAUAUUUCUAUUUUAGAUUAGUCUUAAAUUUCAUAAAAUUUAGAUGCAUCUUCGAUAUCUGUUGCUUCAAAUAACAGUGUAAGAAAGAAAGUAUUACUAAAUAGUAGUAGUAGAAGACCUACUUAAAAUGAAUAGAUUAGAAACUCAGAAAUGGAAUCUUCCUCUUCUUAGAUAAUUUCAUCUUUUAAUCAAUCUUCUUCAUUUGUCUCUGAUAAGAUUGCACCAAAACUGACCCAAGUAGAAACUUAGUGCAGGUAUAUGUCUUUAGGAGACUUUAAAUUCAAGUAAACUUAGAAGAUUUAGAUAACUAGUGAGUAUAUUGAAGACUUUUGCUUAUUUGAGACUUCAUAAAGUCAAGAUAUGAAUAAUAAUUAGCCUAUAAUGAGAGAUUUUGAAAGCAAUUUAAUUUAAAAAUCAAAGGCAUAAAAAUAGUACUAUUUAUUAACGAGAUGCAAAAGACAAGCUUUGUAAGUAUUUAACUUGUAAAAAAUGAGAUUAGAAAGAGUUAUUCAUUUUACCAAUGACAAUGAAUUAAUUCAAUUUAAGCAGAUUAGUGAUUCAGAAGUGGUUAUUUUCAGUCCAAACAAUAAAUUCUUUUAAGUUUAAAGUAUAUUUGAUGAAAGCAAGUUUUAGCAAAUAGAUUUUAAGUUUAACAUCGAUUGCAUUGAAUGUGAUAAAGAAGAACAAAUUAUUUUCAUAGGACAUCAGCUUGGUAAAAUAUCGGUUUGGGAUAUGAAAAGAUAGCAAAUGAUACUAGAAAGUAAUAAAAUACACUCAAAAAAAAUAAGCAUUAUGGAUUAUUGUGAAGGGAGACUGAUAACUUGCUGUGAAAGUGGUUCUGUAAAAGAAUUUUUGUUUAAUAAAAACAAUCCAGAACUGAGAUAAAAAUACAUUUACAGAAAAGAAAUACUAUCAGAUUAAGAACUUGAGAGCAUAACAUGCAUAAAAAUAAUAAAUGAAGACACCAUUUUGGUUUAGUUAGGAGAAGAAUUUAUAGAAAUAUAUAAAAAUGGGUAAAAAUUAAACGAAGAAUGCCUAGAAUUUAUGUCUUGCUUGUAAAAUAUGAAAGUUUAUGACAAAAGGUAUUGCAUAAUGUAAAACACAGAGAAGGAAAACACCUUUUAAAUAUUUGAUUUCAAGAAUUUUUCCUUCAUAAGGAGACCAAUAUAACUUUAAGUUAAAGAUUCUGAAGAUUCAGAAGUAAUAGGAGCUUACUAUGUGAAUAACUCAAUAAUCCUUCUCCUUUUAAAUGAAAAAAUCAUUAAGUAUUUUUGA